UUCCACUGGUCUCUUGCUCUCUUUGCUUUUUCUGCUUGGUAGGAUCUUUUAGCUGCUAAUAGAACCGGGCGUCUGUCUAGGACUUUAACUCCCUGAAUCCCACGGAGCCGCUUGUACAAAAGGUCGAUGUGUCAUUUGUCUUCAUAAAGCAUCAUUCCUUGUAUCACACCCGAAGCUCUCCAGCCCUCAGGCACGGUCACAGCAGAAGCAUGGCCAUCUCAUCACGCCUUGCACUGUGGGAGCAAAAGAUCAGGGAAGAGGACCAGAGUCCACCCCCUUCCUCGCCAUCUCUGCUUUUCUCAGUGAUUCCUGGGGGAUUCAUCAAACAGCUUGUUCGGGAAACAGAGAAAGAAUCCAAGGUAGCUAAACGGAAAGAGAAAGGCACCUUGAACUCCAAAGAAGAUCCUCCUGGGAAGCCUGAUGACAACCACGUGCAGCAGUUUGUGAUACAGGAUGAGAACAUCCUUGAAGUAAGAGGAGAAAUGGCAAGUGAAGGGCAACUGCUGCAAAACGGCCUGAAUGGAGAGAAGCACGAAGGGGAAAUGGCAGCGGAAGUUGCACCGAGAAAGCCUCUUCCCUUCAAGAGAGUCGUGAAGAGGAGCAACAUCACGAAAGCCACCUCUCCAGCAUCUGAAAAGGCAGCAGCCACUCCCAAACUAGGGGAGACAAUCCCGCCAGAUGAGCCCAAGGUUGCCAAACCUCCAUGUCCUGAGCAGAGCUCUAAGGAACAAAGUAAAGGGGAAAAUGCCCCUGCUGGUGCUCCAACUGUUAAGGAUUUUCAGCGCCACUCUGAAGAUCCUGCAAAGGAGGGCAACUCACUGAGGAGAAAACCUCCUGAAAGUUCAGGGAAAGAGAAGGCAGUAAUGAAGAAGCAGCGGGAGCCCCAAAUCAAGGCUGAAAUCAAGAAGGGGCAAGAAGAGAUUAAGGAGAAGCCUGGGGAAAUCAAGGAAGAACCAGUGGAAAUCAAGGAGGAACAAGGGGAGGUCAAGAAGAAGCCUGGAGAAAUUGAGGAGGAACCAGUGGAAAUCGAGGAGGAACCAGUGGAAAAUAAGAAGGAGCCUGUAGAAAUCAAGGAGUCAGGGGAAAGCACAGACUCAGACAAGGUUCAUGACGACGUGUGGUAUGAAACAGAGAAAGUUUGGCUUGUCCAGAAAGACGGGUUUACACUCGCUACCGUGCUGAAGCCGGAUGUGGGGACCCCGGAGCUGCCAGUUGGGAGGGUAAGGAUUCGCUUAGAAGCUGACAACACUGUCAUUGAGGUGGACGAGGAGGACGUUCACCGGACCAAUCCCUCCAGACUGGAUUACACGGAAGAUCUUGCAGCACUUCUCAGUCUGAAUGAAUCGAGUGUCAUUAACACACUCCAGCACCGGUACCAGUCCCAGCUCUGCCACACUUAUGCAGGGCCCACCCUGAUUGCCCUCAAGCCCAGCUGGGCCACUACUAACUACUCAGGAAAGGUGUUCAAAGGGAAGAGAGACAACAUGCCCCCUCACAUCUGCUCCGUGGCACAGAAAGCCUACUGGAGUCUGCUCAUGCACCAGCAGGACCAGGCAAUUGUGCCCUUGGGGAGAAGUGGUGCCGGGAAAACAACCUGCUGCCAGAGCGCUCUGGAAUACCUGGUGGGCGCCUCCCGCAGCGUGGACAACAGAGUCUCAGUGGAGAAGAUUCAGGCCAUGUUCACAAUCCUCAAAGCUUUUGGGACAGUGACCACCUGUCACAAUGGCGCUUCCACUCGCUUCUCCAUGGUCAUGUCACUGGAUUUCAACAGCACAGGCCGAAUAACAGGCGCUCACCUCCAGACGAUGCUGUUGGAAAGGGUCCGUGUCGCACAGCAACCAGAAGGAGAGAGCAACUUCAGUGUCUUUUCUCAGAUGCUGGCAGGCCUGGACAUGGCUCACAGGACGAUGCUGCACUUGCACCAGAUGGCUCAGAGCAACUCCUUUGGUAUCGGGCCAUGUUCGAAGACUGAAGAGAAACAGAAGGCUUCUGUGGCAUUUGCCCAGCUUCAAGCUGCUAUGGAGACUUUGGGAAUCACCGUGGAUGAGCAGACUGCCAUUUGGCGUGUGUUAGCAGGGAUCUAUCACCUGGGAGCUGCAGGGGCAUGUAAAGUUGGCAGGAAGCAGUUCAUGAAAUUUGAGUGGGCUAACAAUGCUGCAGAUGUACUGGGUUGUGAUUUUGAGGAGCUCACAACAGCAGUCUUCAAGCACCAUCUGAAACAGAUAAUAGAACAGGUCACAUCUGGAACGAGUCGGCUGAGCAAAGAUGAGGAACGAAAUGCUGGGCCCAAGAUGACUGGAGUGGAAUGUGUGGAGGGGAUGGCUGCAGGUCUCUAUGAAGAACUGUUUGCUGCUGUUGUCUCUCUAAUCAACAGGUCUUUUUCAUCCAGUCACCUCUCCAUGGCUUCCAUCAUGGUGGUGGACACCCCUGGUUUCCACAACCCUCGACACCAGAAGAAGGAGCGAGCAGCUACUUUUGAAGAACUUUGUCACAACUAUGUGCAUGAGCAGCUGCAGGCACUGUUCUACAAGAGAACGUUCAUGUCCGAGCUGGAGAGGUACAGGGAGGAAAAUGUUGAGGUGCCUUUUGAUCUGCCAGAGCUCUCUCCAAUGGCCACGGUGUCUGUCAUCGAUCAGAACUCCUCACAGCUGCAGGUGCCGCCUGGGGGCCAGGCAGAAGAGCCCAAGGGCUUGCUCUGGAUUCUGGAUGAAGAGGUUUUGAUUCCGGGCUCCAGCGACCACGCGGUGCUCAACCGCCUGUGCUCAUACUUUGCCAAGAAGGGCACAGAGAGUGAGGAGGAAGGUUUCCUUCGCAAGUGUGAGCAGAUGCUGCAGUUUGAGAUCUUCCACCAACUGGGCAAAGAUCCCGUUCGUUACGACCUCACUGGCUGGAUAAAUAAAGCCAAGCUGAACCUGUCAGCCCAAAACUCCAUUCAAGUCCUGCAGCAAUCCAAAAUAGAUGCUCUGAAGAAGCUGUUUCUGCCUCGGUCCAAAAUGCCCCUGAUUUGCCGAUCAGUGGCAGGUCUGGAGGGAAAUUCCCAGCAAGCUUUGCAGCGUACUGGUUGUGUGAGGAAGACCUUCACCAGCAGCUUGGCAGCUGUGAAGAAGAAAUCUGUGUGUGCUCAGAUCAAACUUCAGAUGGAUGCUCUCACAAAUCUGGUAAAACGAUCCCAGAUACACUUUGUCCAUUGUCUUGUUCCAAGAGUGGGAGCAGAUGGUGCAGAAGGGAAGCCCUCCCAGCCCUGCAUCACAGGAGAAGUAGAGCUGACUUUGGACGUACCAACCCUGAGAGUUCAGUUGUCUGGGGCCCAGCUAUUAGAUGCAUUACGCUUGUACAGGAUCGGUUACGUGGAUCGCAUGGUGCUGACUCAGUUCCGCCGCCGCUUCCAGGUGUUGGCUCAGCCAGUGAUGAAGAAAUACACAUCAGCAUAUGAAAUACCAGAUGAGAAUAAGGCAAUAGAAGAACUCUUCCAGGUACUUGAUCUGGAAAAGAAAAGUGUAGCAGUGGGACACAGUCAGGUUUUUCUGAAGCCGGGCGUAGUCUCCAGGCUGGAGAAGCAGCGGGAGAAGCUGAUAUCCCAGAACAUGAUUCUGCUCCAGGCAGCUUGCAAGGGCUUCCUCUCCCGCCAGAAAUUCAAGAGAUUAAAGAUUCAGCGCUUAGCCAUUCGGUGCAUCCAGAAGAAUCUGGUGGUGUUCCACGUGGUGAAGGACUGGCCAUGGUGGCAGCUGAUGAACUAUGUUCGGCCAUUGAUUAGUGUGAACAUAGUGGAAGACCAGCUCCGGGUCAAAGACGAGGAGCUUGCAGCACUAAGAAGAAAGCUCGAAAAAUCAGAGCAGUCACGUAGUGAACUUCGGCAGAACACAGAACUGUUGGAAAGCAAGAUCUUAGACUUGAUGACCGAACUCUCGGACGAGCGGUUCAAAGGUGAAACGGCCUGCCAGGUCCUAGAAGGUGAACGGGCUGAGCGGCUCCGGGGGUCACGAGAGAUAAAAGAACUGCAGAGUAAAUACGAUCACGUGCAGAAGAAAUUGGAGUCUGUGGAAAAGCAGCUGGAAGAGGCUCAACAGCAAAUUCAGUUGCGUGAAAUUGGGAUAAGUGGAGCUGCUGGAGAUGAGGAGUGGCAAAUGCGAUUUGACUGUGCUCAGACGGAAAUCACGUUUCUCAGAAAACGCCUUGCACAGCUUGAAGAGAGGCUGGAAUCUGACCUGAACUGUAGGAAAGAGCUGGAGCAAAAGCUCGGUGAGGUGCAGAGCACCUAUGAGGGUGCCAAGAAGGUGGCACAGCAGAUGAAGAGGAAGUGCAAACACUUGGCCUGUGAUCUGGAGGACACGCGGGUCCUGAUGGAAAGUCUGCAGAGCCGCAAUCAUGAACUGGAGAAGAAACAGAAAAAGUUUGACAUGCAGCUAGCCCAGGCCUUGGGAGAGUCAGUGUUUGAAAAGAGCCUUCGUGAAAAAGUGACCCAGGAGAACACCACCAUCAGAUGGGAGCUGGGUAAUCUUCAGCAGAGGUUAGAGCAAAAGGACCUGGAAACUUCUAAUCUGAAUCAGCGAAUUGCAGUGCUGGCCACCCGAGUGCAGGAGCUCACCUCACCGGAGGCCUGGGACGAUGAUGCUGUGGCUACCCUAAGGAAGAAGCUUUGGGAGCUGGAGUCCAGUGCUGCUGAACAGCAAAAAGAACUGACCCGACAUGCAAAUGCUGUUGACCAGCUGGAACAGCUCCACAUGCGGCUUGAAAUGGAAAUAGAACGAAUGAAGCAGAUUCAUCAGAAGGACCUGGAAGACAAGGAAGAGGAGCUGGAGGAUGUUCGCCAGUCCUGUCAGAGGAGGCUUCGUCAGUUGGAGAUGCAGUUGGAGCAGGAAUUUGAGGAGAAGCAGAUGGUGCUCCACAAGAAGCAGGAUCUGGAAGGGCUCAUUGGGACCCUCUGUGAGCAGAUUGGUCAUCGGGACUUUGACGUAGAGAAGCGGCUUCGGCGGGACCUGAAGAGGACACACGCUCUGCUCGCAGAUGUGCAGCUCCUGCUGGUGACAGCGGGAGAGCCCAGUCUGUCUGUCAGCAAAGAGGAGCUUGAGAAAGUUCACAGUCAGUGGGAAGAGAGCAAAGCCCAAUGUGCAGAGGCCCAGAAGUCCCAGAAGGCGCUGGCUCUGGAGCUGGAGAACCUGCACGUGGAGCUGGAGACGAUCAGCAGGAACAAGAACCUGGUUGAUGAGCACCUAUAUCAGCUGCAGCACGAGAAAGCUGAUCUCCUGAAACGCAUUGAUGAGGACCAGGAGGAUCUGAACGAACUUAUGACAAAGCACAAGGCUCUGAUUGCACAGUCUGCGGUGGACAUUACUCAGAUUCGAGAGUUACAGACACAGCUGGAGGAAGUGAAGAAAGAGAAACAAAGUCUUCAAGAGAAACUGCAGGCAGCUCAGGCCCGGAUUGCGUACGUGGAGCAGUCGAUGGUCGAACGCUCAAUCGUCAGUCGACAGGAAGCGCUGAUCUGCGAUCUGGAGAACAAGCUGGAGUUUCAGAGUGUGCAGAUCAAGCGGUUUGAGAUGCUUGUCCUUCGGUUGCGAGACAGUGUAAUAAAGAUGGGUGAGGAAUUGGAGAAGGCCGCAGAGUCGGAGGCUCGAGAGAAGGAGAACACCAAGUAUUACCAGAUGCGCAUGGAGGAGAUGAAAGCAGAUAUGAAUGAGCUAGUGCAGAGAGAGCUGGAAGCCAGUCGCAGGCGUAUGGAGCUGGAGAAGCAGGUAGAUGAGCUGUUUGCCGUGAGGCAGACCUUGCAAGCUGACCUGGAAACCUCGAUCAGACGCAUUGCGGAUCUGCAGGUCGCCCUCGAAGAGGUGCAGUCCAGUGAUGAAAGUGAUACAGAAAGUGUCCAGACGGCCCUGGAAUCUGUCUGUUUAAGAAGAGAUAUGGACAAUCGGUCUAGUUUAGGCUCCACUCUAAAUCUGGAGCCAGAAGAAAGCACCAAAUCCUGGACACCUUCAGGUCCCAGCGUGGCUGGAAGUCUCUCAAGGCAAUCCCUGGGCAGCUGCAGCACUCCGAGCCUGAGGAUGAACAAAGAAAUCAAAGAUCAAGAAAUGAACCAACCAGCUUCUGCACUGAGUGCUUGGAGAGGGCAAUACAGAAGAACUAUGGAUGCGACAGAUUCUGGCAAGGAUGUAAGCCAUUUAGCUGGCACUCAAAGAUGGGAAUUAGGAAGAAUUGUGGAUAAGGAGAUUGACAGUCAGAAAAAAGCCAUGGAUAAAUUAGGAGCUAUAUCUCCAUCUUUGAUGAGAAGGAGGUCAUCUCCUACAGCAGAAGAGAAGUUUCCAAGCUCUUCAUCUGCACUUUCUGAAUAUGUAGAAGAGCUGAGGAGGAAACAAGCAACAGAGAAAGAGCAGGGAACAUUAGGAUUAGAGGACACCUCUCCCCUGCCAAUCUACCAAACAACUGGUGCCUCCUCCCUGAGAAGAUGCAGGACUUUCAAAGAGGAUGAUGAGUUCCCAAUAAAGUUUGGAGUCAAUGAAAGUACAGGAAGUGAAGGAGCGCCUGCAGGAGCUAGCCUAGUGCGUUCAUCCAGUUUAAAAUGCAUAUCAUCUGAGAACACAGAGCCAGCGUGCUCCUCAGCUCUCAAAAGAAUAUCAAAGUUUGGCUCCUGUGACUCACUCUUACAAAAUAUUGAUACUUCCUGCUUAAAGUUGAGUUCACCAGCUGUAGGAGCAGAUAGGUUCAAUACAUCGAGACUUAAGCCAUGGAGAAGUUACCUUGAGCCAUCACUAGAUGACACAGCCAGCGCUGAUCUGGGGAAAGAUUCUCUGGUAUUUCAGAGUAAGAAAUUCAGUGAUGUUAUGGCUGAAGGAAAGGAAAGCGACCCGUUCACUUGGAAAAUACCAACUCUCAACUAUGAAAGGAGAACAAAUGUUGAUUUUGAUUACUUCCUUCCAGCAAUUCGCAAAUCCCAGUCAACAAGCAGUUUGUCCGGACCUGUCAAGGACAGGAGAGAAGGCCAGAGGCCAAUGAGCGUUCAUUUUGAAGACCAGGAUAUGGCAGUCAGCACUUUUUUGUCUGAAAUAAAGACCAUUUCAAAGGCCAAAGAGGAUGCUGGAAACCUCUCCGACUCAUCUUCAUCCUCUGGCUCGAUCGUUUCAUUUAAAAGUGCUGACAGCAUCAAGAGCCGACCAAAGAUUCAAAGACCAGAAGGUGAAGGAUGCGCCGGAAAACUGAUCAUUGAAGAUGCUAAAGAUGAAAGGCGAUGGGAGGCAGAAGGGAAAGAAGAAGAUGUCAAUAGCAUUAUGAUGAAAUAUCUAGGAAAAGAUUAAGUGAGAACAGGCAGCUGAAAACAAAAUGCAUGUAUUGAAAAGUCCACCACUACGUAAGUGCAGCCCACUGCCGCGGGGAGGUUUAAGAGACAUCUCUCAAUGUAUACACACUCCCUAGAGUCAUCUGCACUUAAGUCUUAAUAAACAAAGUUCUUGGCAA